AUGAAUGAACGGCAUCGCUACACGAUAGAACUGGGCUACGACAAAACUCGCUGUGCCACUCCAGAAGCUUUAAAAGGUGUAAUGAUUGUGGAUUUGAAUCAGAUUACUGAUUGUGCGGUACUGUUUGGUGCUCGGUACGGUUUUACGCAAGCAACCGAACUCGGUGUUCUAUUAGCAUUACUGUUGGCAAUCUCAAUGUUCGUCUCGGUGAUCAUUCUUUUUGCUUACUAUCGUCGAGAACGGCGUCAAAAGAUCAGCUACAUCGAUGCUCAUCGAUCACAUUCACGAACCGCUUUAACACUUUCUCAGCACCUCAGCAGAUCACCAAGUUCUGUUAUUGAACCGUUAACGUCUAGUCCUGACGAUUCAAUAAGCGCUUCAAUUUCCGCAAAAAUUCCUCCACCGCCACCUCCACCAAACCUAACCAACUAUUAG